GCGCAGCCCCGGCGCUUCCUUCCGGCCGCCAUUUUAGUGGCUGCGCCUGGCCUCGCGGCGCCGCUGCCGUUGCUGCUGUUCGAGGAGCGGAGAGCGCGCCCCGUCGUACCCAGUCCCGCUGUGCCCAGCGGCCCUCCGCCACUCCGGCCGCCGCCAUGUCCAAGCGCCACCGCUUAGAUCUGGGCGACGAUUACAGCUCCAGCAAGAAGCGCUCCGACGGGAAGGAUCGUGACCGAGACAGGGACCGUGAUGACCGGAAAGAUCGUGACAGGGAUCGUGACAGAGAUAGAGAUCGUGACAGAGAAAGGGAGAAGGAAAAGGAAUUGCGAGCUGCAUCUAACUCUACGCUCAUUGCUGCUGGGUUACCACCUAUGAAACCAGCUAUGAUUCCACACAGUAUUAACCCUUUCACGAAUCUACCACAUACACCUCGUUAUUAUGACAUCCUGAAGAAACGGCUGCAGCUUCCUGUCUGGGAAUAUAAAGAAAGAUUCACGGAUAUUUUGAUUAGGCAUCAGUCGUUUGUGCUGGUUGGGGAGACUGGGUCUGGUAAAACAACACAGAUCCCUCAAUGGUGUGUUGACUACAUGCGCUCGUUACCUGGACCAAAGAGGGGAGUAGCAUGUACCCAGCCGAGGAGAGUCGCUGCAAUGAGUGUGGCACAGCGCGUUGCUGAUGAGAUGGAUGUAAUGCUGGGCCAGGAGGUUGGUUACUCAAUUCGAUUUGAGGACUGCAGUAGUGCAAAAACUAUCCUCAAGUAUAUGACUGAUGGUAUGUUACUUCGGGAAGCGAUGAAUGAUCCUUUGCUGGAGCGCUAUGGCGUUAUAAUUCUUGAUGAGGCUCAUGAGAGAACACUCGCUACUGAUAUUUUGAUGGGAGUUCUGAAAGAAGUUGUAAGACAGAGAGCUGAUUUGAAGGUUAUAGUUAUGAGUGCAACUUUAGAUGCUGGCAAGUUUCAGAUCUACUUUGAUAACUGUCCUCUUCUAACUAUUCCGGGUCGUACCCAUCCUGUGGAGAUAUUCUACACUCCAGAACCAGAAAGAGAUUACCUUGAGGCUGCCAUUCGAACGGUGAUCCAGAUUCACAUGUGUGAAGAAGAGGAAGGAGAUCUUCUACUCUUUCUUACCGGACAGGAGGAGAUUGACGAAGCCUGCAAGAGGAUAAAACGUGAAAUUGAUGACUUAGGUCCUGAAGUGGGUGACAUCAAAAUCAUUCCAUUGUAUUCUACCCUUCCUCCUCAGCAACAACAGAGGAUUUUUGAACCUCCCCCACCAAAAAAACAAAAUGGAGCAAUAGGAAGAAAGGUUGUUGUGUCCACUAACAUUGCUGAGACAUCAUUAACAAUAGAUGGUGUUGUGUUUGUGAUCGAUCCUGGCUUUGCAAAACAGAAGGUAUAUAAUCCUCGUAUCAGAGUGGAGUCUCUCUUGGUGACUGCAAUUAGUAAAGCUUCUGCUCAGCAGCGAGCUGGCCGUGCUGGUCGUACUAGACCGGGCAAGUGCUUCAGGCUGUACACAGAGAAGGCUUACAAAACUGAAAUGCAGGAUAACACAUACCCUGAGAUUUUGAGGUCUAACUUAGGAUCUGUAGUGUUGCAGCUCAAGAAGCUUGGCAUAGAUGAUUUGGUGCACUUUGAUUUUAUGGAUCCUCCAGCUCCAGAAACUCUGAUGAGAGCCUUAGAGCUCUUGAAUUAUCUGGCUGCUUUAAAUGAUGAUGGAGACUUGACCGAGUUGGGAUCCAUGAUGGCUGAAUUUCCACUGGACCCACAACUGGCUAAAAUGGUUAUUGCAAGUUGUGACUACAACUGUUCUAACGAGGUCCUAUCUAUUACUGCCAUGUUGUCAGUCCCACAGUGUUUUGUUCGCCCCACGGAAGCAAAGAAAGCAGCAGAUGAAGCCAAGAUGAGGUUUGCCCACAUUGAUGGAGAUCAUUUGACGUUGCUGAAUGUCUACCAUGCUUUCAAACAAAAUCAUGAGUCGGUUCAGUGGUGUUAUGACAACUUCAUUAACUACAGGUCCCUGAUGUCUGCAGACAAUGUACGCCAGCAGCUGUCACGAAUCAUGGAUAGAUUUAAUUUGCCACGUAGAAGCACAGACUUUACCAGCCGAGACUAUUACAUCAAUAUAAGAAAGGCAUUAGUUACUGGGUAUUUCAUGCAGGUGGCGCACUUGGAACGAACAGGGCAUUACUUAACAGUGAAAGAUAACCAGGUGGUACAGUUGCAUCCUUCCACUGUUCUCGAUCAUAAACCAGAAUGGGUGCUUUAUAAUGAGUUUGUCCUUACAACAAAGAACUACAUCCGGACAUGUACAGACAUCAAACCUGAAUGGCUGGUGAAAAUUGCCCCUCAAUAUUAUGACAUGAGCAAUUUUCCACAGUGUGAAGCAAAGAGACAGUUGGAUCGCAUCAUUGCCAAACUUCAGUCCAAGGAAUACUCGCAGUACUGAAUUUAUGCUUUGAACUGAAGUUAUUCAGAGGACAGCUUUAAAAGAUGAAUGGAUUCAAAGUUCAAGUUGUGCUCUUCACUUUGGUUCAAUAAUGGCCUUUUAUUUGAAAGCUUUUUAAUUUUUCUUUACAGUAAAUAUUCCAUUCUGAUUUCAUAAAUUAAACAUUUAUGCCUCCCUUUUGUGUUGACACUGUAGCUCAUACUGGAAAAGCUGAUCAAUGUUUUGCAGUUUAUUGAAAGUAGUUCUAUAUAUAACAAUGUUAUAAGCAUUUCUUUAGAAAUGGUUGAAAAUGCUUCUAAAAAUGUGAUUAUCGACCAUGGUAUGCAUGAUCGUUGUAAUUGUUGACAUUCCUUUUAGAAGUUGUGAAAUGUUACAACUUGUGCUUAUGUAGACACAACCUUCAGCUUCAGUACAAAGGUACUGACUUCAAUAAAGUCUAUUUAUACUAAUUUUGUGCCCACAGUAUGUCAGUAUUCAAUUGUUUUGAUGGAAAUGUGAGAAACCAUUUAGUCUCAUUAAACUGUUGUUUUAUUGACAUGGCAGUAGUAUAAUAUUAAAAAGCACAGAUGCUUGAGCAGCAGAAUGAUGGUGGCAUCAAUAUACUACAUGAAGUGUUAAUCCCUUGCAAACUCCUUUAAGUUAUGUAGAGAAUCUUUACAAAGUGAAUAUUUUGCAUGCAUGCAAAUUUCAUUGGAGAACGCUUUCUUGAAGCAUUCCCGGAUGUUUCCAGGGCAGAACUGUGGUAGUACGUCCUGUAAAGUGAAGCAUCUGUGGCUAGUUGGAACUUACCCUACCAGGAAGCAUUCAGGUACCAUUUUAGAUUAACACAAAUAAUACCAUAAGCCACGCUGUAGUCAAAUUAAAUCUCAGUAUUGUCAUUUUAUGCUGAUAUUUAGUGAAAUACAACUUGACGGCAUUUUCAAGAUAGGAAGGUAAUUUCAUGGGGAAUUUUACUUAGUAGGAUUUAAUACUUGGUCAGAUUUUGAGGUUUUUUUCCUUCCCUGGAAUAUGACAUUUGAGAUUCAGUUCUUCUGGCAAAGAGAAGCUGGAGCAUCUCUUGCCAGAAUAGGUUCCCCUAGAGUGGGAGUUGUUGUCGCUUCCAGCAUGAGUUUUUUUGUGUCAUGCUUUAAGGCAUGUUGUGCUUGGAGAUUUGGCAACCAACCUCAGUUAUGCUACUGGAAGACUGAUCUUAAGCCACAGGUGUAUCCUAUGUAAAUUGUAGUUUAAACACUUGGCUACAAGAUUACUUGGAAUCGAGUAAUUUCAGGAUUCUCUUCUAAUUCCAACUUUUUUUUUUAAAUGCAAUUUGGUGGAGAGUAAGUAGAGAUUCUGUGAAAACUCUCUUUAGCAAUGGAAACGGUAUUGUAAAGAGAAGCAUGUCUGAAGGUGAAGUUGAUUGAAUUUAUAGUACACAGUGGGACUUGUGAGUCUUCCCCGAGCUCAGUAACAAAGUGAGGGAUGAGGGGAUUUGGGAUUUCCCCCACUGGAGGAAUGCUGAAAUUGGCCUGGUCUUGUUCGUGGGCUUCCCCGCUCUGAGAAAUAACUGAGGAGAUAGAUUGGCUGUUUAUAAAAGUUGAGCUGAAAAUUGUGUUCUGAUUGCAGUUAAGAGUUCUUAAAUUAAAGACAGAUGGUCUGAACAACUAAAGCUUUGAUUUCAAAAUUGUACUCCUAAACAUAUUACUUUACGAAGUUCUGCUCUAGAGUAAUUCUUAAGUUCAGUACAUGGUGUUUCAUAAUUCCUUUGUCCUUCAGGGGAAGGGAAAUGUGGGAUGCUGAAAAAUGGCUGCCCUCAGGUAAGAGUUUCUCUAGUAUUUCUGUGCAGCCUUCAGCUAAAUGGUGUAGAACCACCUCCUGUGAAACUUUUCCUAGGUAUGGAGAGGUCCACAAACAGAGCCAGUUCUCAGCGUGAAAUCCCUUGAGGACCCCAGAACCAGCUGGUAUAAGUUGCAGUAGAUUUGGUGCUUGAUCUGGGGAGCAGAUGGGUAUGGCUGUGACUGGAACUUGACACUGGAGAAACUUGGGCUUUUUUUUCCUUUUUAAAUUGUCUUUUUAAAUUGUCAUGUCAAUUUAGCUUGUUUGUGAGUAUGACAGUCAACCUGGGAUCUUUCAUUCCUCUGCAUCCUUGCUAUUGGGAAUGCAAGUACUACUGGCCAGAUUAAUGUCCUCUGACAGCUGUGCAGCCCUGCCAUCUUCCAAUUAAGUCAGUGACACCUGUGCAAUCCACCUGAAGGCUCUGGGGUGCACCGGUGUCAUUGGCUUAAUUGGAAGGCUGUCGGGUUUCACAGCUGUCACUGGGGACAGAGGAGGCCAAAUUCUCUCUUCCCUCUUGGCAGUUGGAAUGCAUGCGAUGGGAAUUAGCUUGGCUGUUGAAACCUCUCUGGAAUCUGUGGGCUAGCGGUUCGAGAAGAUGCUGAUGCUCAGGCAUCUUGGGAAUCUGGUGAACUUGAUACGUUUGUGUGUGUCGUCGUGAUUCCUUGGAAACGCUUUUCUCGGUGAAGAACUGCCAUUCAGAACAUUUGCAGUACUUGAGUUAGGGCUGAAGAGUUUUCUCGCAUAGCAUUACAUGUGUUAACAUGGACCGUGGAGGGUGAAAUGGUGGCAGGGUUGGAGUGGGAAAGCUCACUGUCCUACUGUGGACAUCGUGCUCCCGCGUUUUACUGCGCAGUACUGAUGUGUGGUUUGGUUUUUUAAACAAGAAAGCAUGUAAGGAUUCAGGGCGGUAACAGGUAGACACGCUGAAAUCACUGUGGACGUGAGUUACUGCAGACCUCAUUUAGAAGUAGUUUUAGAGCUGUGUAGCUUGUGGGAAGGGGACAUCUAAUAAGUAGCCUUCUGUGAAAGAGUAAUGGAAGGUACAACGUGACUUGCCAGGUGUUAUCUAGGUCCUAACGGAAAAGGAUCCGGAACUCUCUUCUUAGCUGCUGUUAUUUUAAGGAUAUGGUGAUCACAUGCAGAAUAACUUUUUUUUGAGCAUGGUCCUGUUUUUUCGUAAGCAUUUUGAAAGCUAGAACUUCAUUACCAUUUUUUUUCCUGAGGGAAAAGCUGUCAGUAACGUGGCCUGGGAAAACAAAAGGAGGCAAAGGAGAGAGAUCCGUUAGCCGGUCUGCUUUGUCUACAAGCACAUGGAAGUCACUGUGUACUUCAUGGAACAGUUGAAAGAAAUUGCAGUUGGUACUCACCAUAACUGUGAUCUUGGCUGCUUAGAUCGCAGUAAAGAGGAGAAAAGGUGGAGUUAACAAAAUAGAUGAGCUGUCUAAUGUCAGGUGGAAAUGAAGGCUCCCGUGUGCUUUUUGUGAAAUACCACUGUUAACUGAAAUAAUUUGAUUUUUUUUUAACCUCUUCAAGUUCCCUGAAGUAGCAGCAGCCCUCGGAAAUGUUUGCUUGCUUUUUUUGGAACGGGACAGGUCUGUGCUGGGAAGCAUCUGUGAAUGACUGAAAACGCUCCGUGCUGUGGCUCUUUCUGCUGGCCAACAGAGUGAGGGAUCCUGAGUAAAGCAUGUUCCACUUGCAGAUGCCCCUGACUAGCCUUGGCCAUCUGCCGUUCUGCUGUGUUCCCUGCCUUACUAAUGUCUUGUAAAUUGCUUCAGAGUGUUCAGAAUGCUAGGUAGGGUGUCAGUGCAUUUCAGCGUGCUGCAGCCUACUGUAGGGAGCUGGAUGUAGCUGGGGGCUGGACUAGGUGAUCUCCAGAGCUCCCUGCCAACCCCUGCUGUUCUGCGGUGCUGUGAAGAAUUGCUCCAUGAGGAUUAGUUGGCUAUCAUCUGCUUUGGAACAAUCUGAAAGGAAAAGCAAUGCUUGCUUUAUUUACACUGAUGUUUUCCCAGAGGAAUUGUGUUCGUUUGGGUUUUUUUUUUUGGAAAUGCAUGGUUUGUAUAAAAUGAAUAUUUAUACUGCAGGAGUUUUUUUUAAUGUAUUAGGUAGUACAGUAGUACUAAAUCAAAGUAUAUAUAUUUUUAAAGAGGAGAGUCUACCAUCUUAACAGUGCUUCUAUAUAAUACCUUAAAGCAGCGAAGGGCUAACAUCAGUGUGAGGUGAUGUUUAGGUUUGUUAGGGGUAGUUACUGGUGACUGAGUAUAUAGAGCUGUGUUUAGGUGUGUCACUCUUAAUGUUAUGAAUACUGUGUUUAGAUUUGUAGGGAUUCUGUAGCAUUGAGAUUUUUGUCAGAGAUGGGAGUGAAUGGUGAGAUCAUGCUUUGCUGUCUGUUAUAAAAAAAAAAAAAAAAAAA